ACAUGAUCGACAUGGUUUCGGAGGUCGAUUGCUUCCUCUCUCUGGCCCGAGCUGCGCGCGAGUUCAAUUUUACUCGUCCUGUUAUGUGCGAAGAAAUCACAUUCGUCGCCAAGACCGCGCGGCAUCCGCUGCAAGAGCUCACGGUCGAGUCGUACAUCCCCAACGACGUCUCGCUUGAUACCACAACGGGCUUGAUCCACGUUCUCACGGGUGAAAACGGGUCCGGCAAAUCCGUCUACUUGAAAAUGGUCGGCGUGCUGCAGUACAUGGCCCAAAUUGGAUCCUUCAUCCCAGUGUCGGAAGCCCGCAUUGGCAUCGUGACCAAGCUCUUCACACGCAUUCAGAGCUUCGAGACCGUGCUACUGUCGCACAGCUCGUUUACGAUCGACUGCAAUCAAAUUGCAACAAUGCUCCGCCAUUGCGAUGAGCGCAGCCUGCUGCUCAUUGACGAAUUCGGCAAAGGCACGUCCGCGAUUGACGGCGUUUGCCUUCUGGCGGCAGUGCUCAAGGACCUCAAAGACACCGUCCUGCGCCACGGCGGCCCCAAGAUCCUCACGACGACCCACUUUUUGGAAAUCUUCCAAGAAGCCUACUUGCGCGACCACUUGGAAUUUCGCGAAGUGCACCAAAUCGAGUGCAAAGACCAAGCCCAAAUCAUUGAGGAGACGUCGACGAUCGCUUGCUUUGUCAUGUCCUCCGUGGCGAUCAACGUGGCGACAAAGGGCAAUGUGCCAACCGCAGCCCUUUUCGAAGUCAUUCCGGGCAUUGCGACCUCGAGCAAUGCGUUUCGCUGCGCGACCAUCGCAGGAGUCGACGAGCGCGUCCUGACACGCGCUCAUGACAUUCUCGACUGUCGCCGGUCCAAGACACCGAUUGCGCCGUCGGCAGACACCAACAACCGCGACGAGGCGUUCGAAGUCUUGACGAUGCUGUUUGUCAACGAGGCCAACUGGCUCAAUGCGUCGAGUUCGUCGCUUCACGCGCUUCUCGACCAAGCCCGCUCCAUCUCGCUCGACUAAAACACGCAGCGUAUGCAUUCAAAUAUAGUACUCGUAUGGUCCA